GAUUUGGAUUAGUUCAAUAAAGACCGGGAGAGGGCAGCUCAAUAGAAACCCUAAUUUCACUCCGAGAAACCCUAAUUUCUCCCCCAAAUCAUUCAAUUUCUCGAAUCACUUCUCGAUUCCCAGCUGCUCUAGGGUUUCUCGGGGAAAAUUUCAGGCACCUUCCUCGGUUCCAUCGAUAUCUUGUGGUGAGCUGUAGAUUGGGACGGCGUUUCGAUUGAUGGUCUGAAUGCAAUCGUUGAAAUUUGUCUCUUUGUGGCAGAGACUAACCAGGAACUAUGGCUGUUGAUGGUCGUCCCAAACCAGUGUUUCAUGAUAAUGGUGAAGAUGAUGACGAUGAUGGACCUGCAAUUUUCAAAAGAACAAACACCACGUCCAAGCAAAGUCAUUUAAAUUCUGCUCUGAAGAAGUCAUUAUCUCAGAAGCAUGAAGAAACUCGAGAAAGGCCUGUAUCUAGUCACAAUGUCCGUAAUGGCAAUGGUGAGAGCUCAAGCUCACAAAAGAAUAAAGUGAUUUCUAAUGCUAAGUUAUCAUCUGCAAAGUCUAGUGCAGUGACCUCUAAUUCCGGUGCUUCUUCUCUUAGACAACCAAAUCAUUCAUCAAAAAAUGGAUUACCAAGUGUGAGCGUAAAAACUUCACAUACAAACAAUUCUUGUGACAAAGUUGAAAAUUCUGAUGAUUCUGAUGAUGGCAAACCAUUGAGCUCCAGAUUUAAUUCAGCUUCUGUUGCAGUGCAGAAGACCAAUUCUCUAAAUCCCGCGACCGCGAGGGUGGUGAAACAUUCAUUAGAACAUAAAGCAGGAAAUGAAAAUGUGGAUAAUAAGUCACGCGUAAAAAGGGAAGUUUCCGAUGAUUCUGAAGAUGGAUUACCUUUGAGUGCAAAAUUUCCUUCUUCUUCAGGGGCAGUUCAAAGAAGCAAUCCAUCUCCUAUGCCUACUUCAACUACAUCACAAAAGAUUAAAGAAAGCACUGCAGCUACAACUGGUGAUUCUGAAGACGAGAAACCAUUGUCUUCCAGACUUCCAUCAAAGUCCAGUGUGAUAAAGAAAUCUGGGUCUGAGAAGAAGCCUUUGGCUUCUAAUGGCUCCAAGAGGACAGAAAGCAGUGACAUCAAGCCUAAAAUCGUGUUAAACAAACGGCCUCCUGCAGAUAUGAAUCAUUCUAUUGAGUCUUCAUCUAAGAAAGCAAAACUGUCAAAUGCCCCUGUUCCUGGAAAAGUUAAAACUGAAGCUGUUUUGAAGAAAGAAAAAGAAGAUGAUAAUGAUCACAUACCAAUUUCACAGAGAAUCAAGAAGUCUGUUCCCUCCAGCAGCCAAUUGUCCACAAAGACGGUGACAAAGAAGAUAGCUUAUUCGUUCAAGAAAGAUAAGAAGAUGAUGAAAAAAACGAUGAAAAACUCUAAAUACUCGAAAAAUCUUAAAGUGCCUCCUGGGUCAGGUGGGGGACAGAAAUGGACAACCUUGGAACACAAUGGUGUUAUUUUCCCUCCUCCUUACAAGCCACAUGGGGUUAAAAUGCUCUACAAUGGACAGCCAGUUGAUUUGACUCCUGAGCAAGAGGAGGUUGCAACAAUGUUUGCAGUGAUGAAGGAUACUGAUUAUGCCACCAAACCAACAUUUAUUAAGAACUUUAUGGAAGAUUGGGGACGCAUACUUGGUAAAAACCAUAUCAUAAAGAAAUUUGAGCUCUGUGAUUUUACUCCAAUCUAUGAAUGGCAUCUAAAAGAGAAGGAAAAGAAGAAGCAAAUGACUUCAGAAGAGAAGAAGGCCUUGAAAGAAGAGAAAUUGAAGCAAGAGGAGAAAUAUAUGUGGGCUAUUGUUGAUGGAGUAAAAGAGAAGGUUGGUAAUUUCAGAGUUGAGCCACCAGGAUUGUUCCGAGGCCGCGGAGAACACCCAAAGAUGGGGAAGCUCAAAAGUCGAAUUCGGCCAAAAGAUAUUACCAUCAAUAUUGGAAAAGAUGCUCCGGUUCCAGAAUGUCCAAUUCCUGGUCAAAGGUGGAAAGAAAUAAGACAUGACAAUACCGUUACAUGGCUAGCGUUUUGGAAUGAUCCUAUAAAUCCCAAAGAGUUUAAGUAUGUAUUUUUGGCAGCGAGCAGUUCAUUGAAAGGUCAAAGCGACAAAGAAAAGUAUGAGAAGGCUAGGCUUUUGAAGGAUUACAUAGAAGGCAUACGUGCAACCUAUACAAAGGAUUUCACCAGUAAAGAUCCUACCAAGAGACAGAUUGCGGUGGCAACUUACCUCAUCGACAAGCUAGCGCUAAGGGCAGGCAAUGAAAAAGAUGAUGAUGAGGCGGAUACUGUGGGUUGCUGUACCUUGAAAGUGGAGAAUGUUACAUGUGUUCCUCCAAAUAAGUUACAGUUCGACUUCCUUGGUAAAGAUUCAAUCAGAUAUUUCAAUACUGUGGAGGUUGAGUUGCCUGUCUAUAAAGCAAUUGGAGAUUUCCAAACUGUUACAAAAAGUAAUGGCAAGAAAAAGGCUGGUGGAGAUGACCUUUUUGACAUGCUGGACACAAGUAAACUUAAUGCUCAUUUAAAGGAGCUCAUGCCUGGCCUCACCGCAAAAGUUUUUCGAACAUAUAAUGCGUCCAUUACCUUGGAUUCCAUGUUGUUUGAAGAAACCAAGGAGGGUACACUACCAGAAAAAAUUGCUAUUUAUCAGCAUGCAAAUAAAGAGGUUGCAAUUAUAUGCAAUCAUCAGCGCAGUGUUUCAAAGUCUCAUGAUGCUCAGAUGUCAAGAUUGAAUGAGAAAAUAGACGAGUUAAAGGCACAAAAGGAGGAGUUGCAAGUGGAUUUGAGCAGGGCAAGAAAAGGAAAGCCUACACUUAAGCAGAAGAAGAACUUGUCCCCUGAAGUGUUAGAGAAGAAACUUAACCAGGUUGAGGCAAAGAUAGAGAAAAUGGAAAUAGAUAAAAAGGUCAAAGAGGACUUGAAGACUGUAGCAUUGGGCACUUCCAAGAUCAAUUACCUUGAUCCUAGAAUAUCGGUUGCAUGGUGUAAGCGCAAUGAAGUUCCUAUAGAGAAGAUUUUCAACAAGUCUCUUCUUGCAAAAUUCUCAUGGGCAAUGGAUGUGGAUCCAGACUAUAGAUUUUAAUUUGACUUGGUUGAAAGAGUAUUGCUUCAACUCUUGAUGCAGAGAGAGUAGAUUGCCGGUCCUCUUGGCUCAAAUUUCAUCUCAAAUUGACAAAGAAAGAGAGAACAAAUAGUAUUUCAAGUUACUACUUGUUGUAACAGUGAGACUCUGAGUAAUCAUCAGCUUCAGAAAAAUUUGCAACUCUGUAAGCAGACGAUUCGGCCUUUUAAAUCUCUUUAAUGUAUCAAGCUGUUUAUUACAUUGUAUUUUUUAAGAUGAAUUUGUUUAUUAAAAGGGUUUUAGAUACCUUUUUUUU